UGGCUGGGGAGGGAUGAACAACCCAACGACGCCCCACUAGACAGACAGAUUGGAGGCAGGCGUGCCGGGAGAGGAAGAGGCCCAUAAGGUGUCAGUGCUGCUAUCUGGGAGGCGAUGAAUAACCCAACGACACCCCGGAAGACGCCACGGGCGAAGCCAGCGCGGCACACCAAAGGCGGCGCCCUUUCCUCAUCACCGAAUCCCAAGCGCCAGCAGCAGCAGCAGCCGCCAGCAGCCAAACCAGAUCUGCCCAACCCCUUCGCGUCGACCCCGGCACCACCCGCUGGCGAGAGCCCUUCGUCGUAUGAUGACCCGUUCCCCCUCCUCCCCAGCCCAUCGGGCGGAUCCGGCCCGCUCCCCGUGCCGCCGUCGCUGUUCGCAUCUGCUGCCACCCCUCGGAGCGGUCGGGGUGUGGAGGAUCUCGAGCUGACGGUGCUGUCGUUCGCGCAAUGGCUGUCGGACAUGCAGUCGCGGUCCAACGCGUCCGUCCAGACAAUGGCGGCAGAGAUGAGCGCCAUCAGCCAUGGGCUGCAGGCCAACAGCCAGGAGCUGACGGAGCUGAAGCGGCAGACGGCGGUGGUGCAGCAGUCGUUGCAGAGCCAGAUCACGGCGCUGCGCGACAGUUUGUGUGAGGGGUACAGCGAGAUAGAUAGGCUGGAGAAGGGCAAGUCGGUGUUCAUGAAGGAGAUCAAGAUGGAAUACCAGAGCCUGCAUGACCAGAUGCAGUUCAAGACCGUCGAGGUCGACACCCUUCGCACCUCUUACCAGACCACACUGACCUCCUUCGACGAACAAAUCGACGGCCUCAAACAGGUAGGUACGGUACCAGCUGCCCCCCAACACCAGCCCCACAACCAUCUGUCUGUUCUUUGUCUCUCUCUUUCUGUGGCCGUUCAGGGCGUUCAUGAUUACCGCCGUGCCUCCCAGGAGCUGCGCAAGGUGUCCCAGCUCAACCAGCAGGCCCAGGCGCAGACUCUGGCGGCCCUCCAGGCCACCGUCACCCGCGAAGCCGAGGUCUUCACGGGUUUCAUCGCCGACCACGAAGAGACCUACACCGACCUCUCUGAGAGCAUGGACUCCGCCAAGGCGAAGCUCACGGCGUUUAGAGAGGAGUUCGAGCAGUGGAAGGACGGCAUGCAGGCCAGCCAGCGGGCGCUGCAGCAGGAGAUAUGGAGCAGGGAGAAGGACAAGGGGCGAGACCCGCUAGGGGAAGACCAGGAACAGUGCAAGGUGAGUGAGUGCAAUGAUCUACUGGUCGACGGUGCCUCUCAUCCCCUCUGUGCAUCAUUCCUUCAGUUGUCGCCGCGCCCGUCGAAGCCGGAGGGUGCGAGUCUGAGGGAGAUCGACACUUCCCCUCCGAGACGAGGCGACCAUCCCGACAUGCCCCAGGCCAGACGGGUGGUCAUGCCGGCGAGCGGGGGUGGGGGUGGGGGCGGCAUGCGGCUCUCCCUUCCCGCCGCAGCACCCAAGGCGACUGCCAGUGGGGCCCGGCAGGUGGCUGCAUUGCUGUCGCCGCGGCUGGAUGAGCGGGAGGGUCCGACUGUACCGCGGCCACAUGGUCCGUAUGUGCGUCCUCCUCCCCCUCCCCAUCCCCAGGGAGGGCCCCAUCCCUUCUCGCCGUUCCCGCCUUACCCCUACUAGACAGACAGACAGACAGAUAGCCUGACGAACCUAGAUGUAGGUGGGUAGCGACGGAGGAGCCUGGGGGGCGGAUGGAUGGAUGGAUAGGUGUGUGUGUACGUAGCUGUGUCAGAGGGGGAUUGCUUCAGAUGUGGCUGGCUGCCUGGUUGGGUGCCUGCAUGUGUGAUUGAAUGCGCGUGUCAAUGAAUGGACGCUCGGGUGUCUGUCGGAUACAUGCAUUUCACUGUAUUAUUGAGCCCAUUCAAUCGUCA